GUGUGAAAGUCAUGAUGCGUUUGCAGCUCUACCUUCUACUAGUGGCAGCUGGGCUGUUCGGACAGGUGUAUUUUUCUAGUGCUUCAUCCCCACACCCAAAUGAGGAAGUGGUAAAUACUACACUUCAAUCAGGAAACGCUGGAAAUGAGUUUUAUGUGGGUUUCAUGAGCAACUACGUCAGAGAACAGUUCCGGCGGUUUCCACAGUUGAUUCUUAACAAAAGCGCGAUUACCAUCAUGACCACUGAGCCAACGGGGGCUAUUGUGAUGAUUGAAAGCGAACAGGAAGUCACCACAAAAGCAGUUACACGUCAACAGCCUUUGACUAUGACACUAGAAGAUUUUAAGGUCGUAUCAGGGGCCGACAGAAAUAUGGGUGUAAAGAUAAAAGCAGAAGAGAUGAAGAUGAUUUCUGUUUACAUACUGAAUGAGGAGGUUUACUCUGCCGAUGCGGCAACUGUUCUACCCUGCUCUCGUCUUCCAUCUGUCAGCUCAUACGAGUACUAUGCAGUGUCAGUUCCUCCAAGCAGUUACUCUCAUAGCACUGCUGACAGUGCUUUCCUGAUAGUGGCCUGCUCCGACAACACCACAGUCACCAUUACUCCGACUCAGACCAUCACCCAUCCCUACAUACCCAUCCUCACAAUCAGAGCUGGAACCUCAUUCUCUGUCAAUCUCCAAGAGAGACAGACUCUCUAUGUACAGGACAGGGAAGACCUGACUGGGUCUAGAGUUGUGUCCUCGUCUCCAAUCUCCUUCUUCACUGGACAUGAGUGUGGGAAUGUCACAGCUGAUGUCCCACAGUGCGACCAUCUGGUGGAGCAGAUUCCUCCUACAAUCACAUGGGGAAACCAGUUUCUCAUUGCUCCUACUGCCACUAGGACAGCAAAUGACGUCAUCAAGAUUGUCUCGUCUGAGGGAAGUACGCAAGUCAAAAUCUCUUGCACAAACAGUAGCAGCAGUAUAGAGAGAUCCACCACCACCAUUGCUAGCACAGGAUUAUUCCAUGAACUGAACCUGUCUUCCGAUACCCAUUGUUUCGUUGAGACCGACAAACCAGUUAUGGUCGUCCAGUUCACACCUGGAGGAUCAGCCGAUACCGCAAAUGCAGAUCCGUUCAUGGUCAUUGUGCCCGCCCUGAAUCAGUAUCUCUUGAACUCCACGUUUGCAGUUUUGGAGGGAUUGUCUUUAUCGUUUCAGUUAUACGCAAAUAUUUUCGUCCCUUCUGGUACAAACACCUUUGCACCCUCUGAUAUCCUUCUUGAUGGAGACCCAAUGACAUCAGCAAGCUGGGUGUCCAUUCCAUGCUUUGAGAGUGGUCUAACCUGUGGCCAUGCAACAACCACCAGUGUCACUAGUGGCAUACACUCUCUAUGGAGUGCUGCAGAUAAUGCACCACCUAUUGGGGUAAUAAUUUAUGGCUUGGGGGACAGAGAAACCUAUGCUUACGUAGGAGGACUCAAGCUAUCUCUACCUGGUUUAGAUGCCGACCAAAUGCCAACAUCACACUUUGUAAUAUCCGGAAACUCUAUCUGCAUGAGGUGCCAGAGUGGAGGUGAUGAGAGACUGCCAACUAGAUCCUCAGUAGAGUGGACAAGAGACGGAAACUCCAUGCAGCCAGCGCAAAUUGGUGACGAUGGUUCCCUUUGCAUCGACAAUGCAGCGAUGACUGAUGCAGGAAAUUACACAUGUUACAUGUUCGGAGACCCUUUUGCUCAUCAACUUUCAGUCAUAGGUGGUAUCAUUGUAGAACCUCCAUCUUGUGGCUCUGCUGGAAAAGGCAGUCGGGUUGGUGUGGGUAGAGGAACAGCCUACUUAGGUCACAGUGUUGAUGCAGUGCAAAUCUGUUGCAGAGUGCAAGGUCCAGAGGAGACUACGGUGUCGUGGUUUCUCAAUGGUAGUCCCAUCAACGAGGGUGAUGGUGGCUACACGUUUUCAGAGGACGGUAUUCGGUAUAGUGGGUCAGUGAGUGAGGGUUGUGUCACAUACACAUGUCAGGCAAACUUUUCUGUGUCUUUACCGCUUGUGAAAGAGUCUGCUAAGUUAUGCUUUGGAACUAAUGCCCCUCCAUCUGAGGUGAUCAUAGCGGAGAGAAAGAUGUGCUCGAGUGGACGACAGAUCGAGAUGAAGACACCCUACCUGAAGGUCUCACUGACUUGGGCAAUGGAACUCUCUCCUUCUCUAAUGUCACUGAAGAUGUCGGCAGAGAAAGUUCUGCUCAUCACCAUUGCUAUUGGACAGGAUAUCAAGAUUCCAGAAACAUACAAUCUCAGAAUUGAGUGCCCCAUCCACAGAGCAAACCCUUUUCCAUCGAUCUCAUGGUUCCAUGAAAACCAAACUAUUCCUGGACGUCAUUCACAGUACACUGUUCUAAGUGAUGGAACUCUGGUUGUAAAACAUCUCACCAGACACAGAGAUGACGGCGUAUACACAUGUGUAGCGGACUCUCCCGAUGUUGGUCAAGAUGAAAGCAGUUCUACUGUUACUGUCACAGAUAUUCCCAUUCAGACUGCAACCACAAAAUAUGUAAUGAAACAAUCUGAUCUGUACCACCAGCUUCGGCAAACACUCUCAGAACAUUUCCCUAGAGUUAGUGAUGGCGAACAGCAUCUAACAUUUCUCGCAACAGGCCAGGUAUUGGCUUAUGAGGACUACGAUCCAGGGUAUCUGUAUGACGAGAGCGAGGAUAGUGUGCUGCCUCAGAGCAUGGAGAACAUGUUUGACCUGGUGGACAUCAUCCCUGACGGAGGAAGCAUCGUCUUCAACCCACACAGGGUACCCAGACUCCGGACAACAUACAACCAACUGCUGGAGAUGCUGCAAGUGGCACCCAGCUCUCUGUCGCCAACUGAGCAGCAAGAAAUCCGAGCCUAUCUACAGGAUAUUGUAACCGACAUGGGAUCCGGCUCAAAUGAAUCUCUCCCACGACUCAGUCUCUACCACCUCUACAAGAACUCCUACUACAUGACAGUGUUUGAAGUUGACAACCUGAUUGAGACUCAGAGACAGACUCUCUUUGACUGGGAAUUUACUCAGUGGUACGAGCAAAACCUGAACAUCCUCAACAACAGGAAGCAAGAAGCACUCUCAAGAUGGAAGAUAUUUGCCAACAAAGACGAGGUGGAAGAGAAGCUAGAUUCCUUGAAACUGACUGAUCACUCGCAGGAAAUCUCCAAUGCACAAGUAUUGCUGGUCACCAACCGUAGGGAGUCACGUUUCCACAAUGAAAAGAUCUAUUACUUGGUCAAAUUCUACCCAGACACUUGGUACAUGAGACUAAAGAACGAUGUGGGAGAAAGCAUAUAUCAGAUGCAGUUUCAGCUUACUCGGCUUAAAAGCGAAAUACAGAUCCUGGAGAUGACCAGCCGAUAUCUUGAGACGAUCCCAGUCAAAAAAACUGUUUGCGAACUGGACGAGAUGAGCUUCGAUUUGGAAGGAUUUGUGAGGGAACUCGUAAACAUGAGCUAUGCAUGUUUCCUCAGUGGGAAUCCAAUUGACUGCAACCUCUACUGGGACCAACUAGAACUCUUUGAAGCUGAGGUCCUUGCUAACUAUGCCGAGUUUUACUGGUACGUCCACACAGUCCAGGCAGCUCUGAAUCACCGCGAUUUCUCAAUCCCGGCCAUCGCUAGCACUAUCAACACCUUCAGUCUAAAGCCAACCACCUUCAGACAUCCUUAA